AUCAGUGUUCGCGUGUGUGUUUUAAAAAGCCUUCAAAAUUUUAGAUAAAGUGGCCUCAAUAGGCGCCAACACGCUUAAUUUCACUGAUUUAGGGAGCCCCUACGAGGGGCCUCCCAGCACACCCCAAUCCGGCAUGGAUGCCCCCGAUGCCCCACACACCCCCAAAUAUAUGGAUGGCGGUUCAACGGCCAGCAUAACACCCGGCGCUAAUAUACCAGGCAAAUCGGCAUUUGUGGAACUACAACAGCAUGCUGCCGCUGGUUACGGUGGCAUACGUGGCGGUUAUCAACAUUUUGCACCACAAGGUGGUCAAGAUUCUGGCUUUCCCAGUCCACGCAGUGCUUUAGGUUAUCCAUUCCCGCCCAUGCAUCAAAAUUCAUAUUCUGGCUAUCAUUUGGGUAGUUAUGCGCCGCCCUGUAACAGUCCACCAAAAGAUGACUUCUCAGAUUUCUCCAUAUCGGACAAAUGCGAAGAUUCCGGUCUACGUGUCAAUGGCAAAGGCAAGAAAAUGCGCAAACCCCGCACCAUCUACAGUUCACUGCAGCUGCAGCAAUUGAAUCGCCGUUUCCAGCGUACCCAAUAUUUGGCCUUACCCGAACGUGCUGAAUUGGCGGCGAGUCUGGGUCUGACUCAAACACAGGUCAAAAUCUGGUUUCAAAAUCGCCGUUCAAAGUACAAAAAGAUGAUGAAGGCUGCUCAGGUUCCCGGUCAAGGUAGUGGCAUGCCUUUGGGCAGUGGUGGUCCAAAUCCCGGUCAACAUAGUCCAAAUCAAAAUAUGCAUAGUGGCGGUAAUAACGGUGGCGGUUCAAAUAGUGGCUCACCCUCACAUUAUCUACCUCCAGGACACAGUCCGACGCCUUCAAGUACGCCUGUAUCUGAAUUAUCACCCGAAUUUCCACCAACGGGAUUAAGUCCGCCAACGCAAGCGCCCUGGGAUCAAAAACCCCAUUGGAUCGAUCAUAAACCACCGCAAAUGACACCGCAACCACCUCAUCCAGCUGUAUCACAUCCGCAGACGCAUCAUCAUCAACCACCGCCACAAAUGGGCGGCUAUGUACCCCAUCAGUACUGGUAUCAGCCGGAAACAAAUCCAUCGCUAUUAACGGUAUGGCCAGCGGUCUAACAGACACCUCCAACCUCUACUAUAGCAGCAGCAACCACAACAACCUUUUACCAAACCGAUCCUAUAGAUAAUUUAAUGCAUAUAUAUUAAAUGAAAAGAAACAAAAACAAAAAAAAAAU